AUGUCGUGGCGGGUUGGGCUAUCGGCAAAGAGGGAGGAGAAGGCUGCGCCAUCUGUGGAGGUGGUAUCUCGCGAGGUUGCGUCAUCUGUGGAGGCGCUGUAUCGCGGCAAUGGUGCGUGGGCUAUCGGCGAAGAUGGCGUCGCCGAUGAGGAUUGGAGACAAAGGGUAGCCUUUUCUAACAUGCAGAAAUCAGAAUGCAAUGCCUUGUCUCCCUCUCUCUUAAUCUUGAGGUUGGGAACCCCAGCAAAUUUCUUCUCAAAGACUGCUCCGUCACAGAAUUCUAUUGAAACGUCUCUAGACUCUCUGCAACAAUCUCCAGAAGAAGAAGCAUCAUUAAAUUCAAAACCGCCGGCUUCAUCUCCGUCUACAUCGCCUCCACCAGCUCCACCAAAGUCACCUCCACCUGCUUCUCCUCCGCCAGCCCCUCCAACAUCUCCUCCCCCUUCUCCUCCAGCUUCACCACCUCCUGCCCCGCCAACUUCUUCUCCUCCCCCUGCCCCCACCCCACCUCCCAAAGAGUCUCCACCCCCUUCACCCCAUCCCCCACCCCCGAAGGAAUCACCUCCUCCCCCAUCUACUACUCCUUUAUCUCCACCUCCCCCAACUCCCAAUCCUACCCCUACCCGCCCCGGUUCUCCUCCUGCACCUAUUUUCUCUCCACCCCCUCCAACGCCAGUUUCACACUCACCUCCAUCAGGCCAUUUAACCCAACCGCCUCCUUCGCAUUCAUCACCAACAAGCGAGCCAUUAGGUUCCCCAGGAGGUUCCGGUCAUUCACCACCACCAUCUGAUUCCACAAAUGUAGUAAUCAUUGCUGGAAUUGUUUUUGGGGGAGUCAUAAUUCUUGCCAUACUCAUUACUUGCCUAGUAUUGUUGAGGUCGAGGAGACGUAAGAAACAGUCGUAUUACAUGAGCCCUGGACAUGGGCCAAUAGGUGCAGAGAUGUACUUCCAAGCUUCCACACAGUGGAAUAGUCCCCAGCCUAUGGAACAAAUUGUUAAGAUUCCUCCACCAUUGGGUUCUAUGGGAACGCCUAUGGGACACGCUGGUGGCUGGGCAGCUGCACCACCAACUUAUCCAGUACAGGCAAAUAGCAGCAGUGAAUUUAACUCCUGUUUCUCAGGGCAGAAUCAGACUCCUAGGCAACCUCCAUCUCCAAAUGUGGGUGGUAUUAAUGGCUUUACCAAGAGCCAAUUCACUUAUGAAGAACUAGAAGCCGCGACAGGAGGAUUUUCUCAGGCCAAUUUGUUAGGCCAAGGUGGAUUUGGAUUUGUACACAAAGGUAUCUUACCUGAUGGAAAAGAAGUGGCGAUUAAGAGUCUCAAGUCUGGUAGUGGACAAGGAGAAAGGGAAUUCCAGGCUGAGGUCGAGAUCAUUAGUCGUGUCCAUCAUCGCCACCUUGUGUCGCUCGUUGGAUACUUUGUUGCUGAUGCACAGAGAAUGUUAGUAUAUGAAUUUGUUCCAAAUGGGACCUUGGAGUUCCACCUUCAUGGAAAAGGUCAACCAGUUAUGGAUUGGGCAACUAGGCUUAGAAUUGCACUGGGAUCAUCCAAGGGGCUUGGUUACCUGCAUGAAGACUGCCACCCGCGAAUUAUCCACCGCGACAUCAAAGCUGCAAACAUUCUCCUUGACAACAAUUUUGAAGCUAUGGUGGCAGACUUUGGUUUGGCUAAGCUCACUUCCGAUAAUUAUACUCAUGUCUCCACACGUGUCAUGGGAACUUUUGGAUAUUUGGCUCCUGAGUAUGCAUCAAGUGGCAAGCUAACAGAGAAAUCUGAUGUUUUCUCAUAUGGAGUGAUGCUAUUGGAACUCAUAACCGGGAGGCGACCUGUAGAUCCUACGGGUAAAAUUAUGGAAGACAGCUUAGUAGAUUGGGCUAGGCCUCUUCUAUCAAAAUCCAUGGAAGAUGGAAACUACGGUGAACUUGUGGAUCCACGUCUUCAGGGUAACUACGAUCCCCAAGAGAUGGCUCGUAUGGUAGCCUGUGCUGCUGCCUGUAUACGCCAUUCUGCAAGAAGGCGUCCUAGAAUGAGUCAGAUUGUACGCGCUUUGGAUGGAGAUGCAUCUUUAGAGGACUUAAAUGAUGCUAGUAAGACAGCACAUGGAACGCCCUAUAAUAAUCCAACUGGGAAUACAGAAACUUACGACACUUGUGCCUACAAUGCUGACAUGAUGAAGUUCAGGAAGAUGGUGAUGUCAAGCCAAGAAUUUCCGACAAGUGAGUAUGGGCUUAAUCCAUCCUCAUCAAGUGGCGACUCUGGAGAGUUGCAUCAUCCAAUCCCUCAGAGGAAAAAGCUAUAG